CAAUGCAUCCCUCCUUUGAUCAAUACAUAUAGCCUUCUCUCCUUCAGUUAUUAUGGCUAAGAUACUAUCUUUAGCCAGCAAACGUAGUUUCAUGGCUUCAACAAUGCUCCUCUUCAGCCUUCUAAUGGCCAUCCUCUCCACCACAAGUGCCCAAAUUGGUGUUUGUUAUGGCAUGCUUGGUAACAACUUACCGCCCCGCCCAGAAGUCAUAGCUCUCUACAACCAAUACAACAUCCGAAGGAUGAGACUCUACGACCCGGAUCAAGCUGCGCUCCAAGCCCUCGGAGGCACCAACAUUGAGGACAUCUCCCUUAAUUACGCCCUCUUCGCGGAUCCGGCGCCCGUGGUCCAAGACGGGUCUCUACAGUACCAUAAUCUUUUCGAUGCAAUUCUUGAUGCAGUCUAUGCUGCCCUUGAGAAGUCCGGUGGAGGUAAUUUAGAGAUUGUUAUAUCAGAGAGUGGCUGGCCUACUGACGGUGGAACGGCGACAACAGUUGAUAAUGCAAGGACUUAUAACAACAAUCUGAUUCAACAUGUGAAGGGAGGGACUCCGAAGAAGCCUGGAAAGCCCAUCGAGACAUACAUUUUUGCCCUGUUUGAUGAGAAUAACAAGGAACCGGAGUAUGAAAAACACUUCGGCCUGUUUUCUCCAAACAAGCAGCUUAAAUAUCCAGUCAAUUUUAAUUAAGGAAGUAGGAAAAAUAAGGGCAUUUAAGUUGUUUGAUUUUGUUGUAUUAUUAAAUAAAUGCAUAUAUAGAUAUAUGCAAGGCACAAGUGUUGCCUAUAUCUACCCAGGGAAAUGCCCAAAUAAAUGUACGAGUUAAUU